AUGGAUAAGUUAAAGCAAAAAGUGCAGAGCCGUCGCGCUCAACUAGACAAACAAAUUGCCAAAGGAAGGGUAAUUUGUGACAAACCGGAACUUUCAGAUACAGAGGCAGACUUGUUAGAGGCGACAAUCGAAAUUGUGACCACUAAACUCGAAGUGAUUGAAGGAAUACACGAGAAGAUAUUGGACAAACUGCUCGGCACCGAGGACUAUGGUACUGUAUUCGAAGAGUCUGAUGAUUAUGUGAUUCGAAUAAACGAGGACAUUAAGUGUUUCAAAGGCUUUCUUGAACGAAACCGACCACAGACGAACGUGGAUACUUCACUGAGUGUUGCCUCCAUCGCAGCCGUAAGUACAACAUCAUUUACGUCGCAUAAACCAAAAACUGUCAAUUUGCCGAAAUUACAACUGAUCAUGUUCGAAGGGAACAUUCUACGAUGGCAAAGCUUCAUAGAUUCGUUUGAAGCUGCCAUUGACAAGAAUUCAGCAUUGGAGAAUAUCCAGAAGUUCCAAUAUCUCCGUGCCCAGCUGAAGGGUGAGGCGGCUCUCGUUAUCGAGGGGCUUCCCCUGACUAGUGACAAUUACACCAACGCCAUGGAGAUUUUGAAGGAAAGGUAUGGACAACAGCACAAGUUAAGCAACGCCUACAUGAAAGCCUUAUGGUCUCUGCCGUCACCAACGGAAACCAUUUCAUCUCUACAGACCUUCCACGACAAUGUCGAGACCUACGUACGGGGACUGCAGGCCAUCGGACGCCCAGAAUCAACAUACGGGGAACUCCUGAUUCCCAUCAUCACCGAGAAACUACCCGAGGAACUUCUGAGGAAUAUUUCUAGGGAUCAGUGUUCAGACAACUGGACACUGAAGGAGUUACGUGAAGCAAUUCGUAAGGAGAUAUCGGCCAUGCGAGCAGGAAAGCGAGGGGAUAUAAGUUGUGUUAGUCAAUCUAAUUCAAGUGUGCAUGAUUACUCUGAUUUCAGCGCCCCCAGAACCGCAUCCGCCCAAGCACUUCUCACCAACGCUAGUGACGCGAAAUCGCAACCUCGAAGACCCUGUGUGUUUUGCAAGGGAAAUCACCGCGCGCUUGAUUGCCAAAGGGUUAAAGACCAUAAUACGCGCUUGGAUAUCGUUAAGAAAGAGCACUUAUGUUGGAAUUGUUUCAGUAGCAAACACAUAUCCCGCCAUUGUGAGUCGCAUUUUAAAUGCCGCAUGUGUUCCGGAAAGCAUCACACUACGCUUCACCACGCUACCCUUUUCGCUAAUCCGCCGACUCCAUCAAAAUUCGCUGAUAAGCCAGCCACUAACGCGAAACCCGCCAACCAAGUCCAUACAAACACCGUGGCAACACCAGAUGGUGCACAGACCCUGAACUCAAUCCUCCUAAAAACCGCAUGUGCGAACAUAAAAUUCAAUCUAUCCUCCACUAGAACCAAUACUUUAUUUGAUGAGGGCUCAACUAAACCCUUCGUUACGUCAGAGUUGGCCGACCAGUUACAACUUAAGCCGGAUGGGGAGAUAACCGUAAACAUCGCAACCUUUGGUUCAGAACCAACCACUCAGAAAGUAAAAUACGCUGCUGUGAACGUUGAAACAACAAGCGGAUCUCACAUUAAAGUCAAUGCAUUAAUUGUGCCGACCAUAUGCGCCCCGUUGAACAACCGCGUAACUGCAGACGUUCUCAACCUCCCGCACAUUCGUGGCCUAAGAUUAGCGCAGCCAAUCACAGUUCAGAACUCACUUAGCAUUUCAGUUUUGAUAGGCGCCGAUUUCUACUGGCAGUUCGUUGGAAACCACGUGCUAAAAGGGGAUGGCCCCACCGCUGUUUCGUCCGCUCUUGGUUACCUUUUGUCUGGACCUACGUCACGUGACACCGCAACCUUCCCAACGGAAGUGAGAAGUUUUCAAGUGAUGGUUAUAUCACCAACGCUCGAAUCCGCAAACACUGAUCCUUUAACCAAAUUAUGGGAUCUAGAAAGCAUUGGCAUUAGGCCUAGUGAACAAACUUGUGAAGCUUCCGAUGACUUUGAAACAUUUUGCGCUGAGAACAUUGAAAAACGUGAGAAACAGUAUUUCUCCAGACUACCAUGGAAACCUGAUCACCCGCACCUACCGACCAACUUCAAUGUUGCCAACGCGCGCACUAGAAACUUGGUUAGGCACCUCCCACCUGAUACCACCAAAAUCUAUGACCGCAUCAUAAAUGAACAGGAACAACGUGGCUUCAUUGAACGCGUAUUGAAUGAUGACAACCGAUUGGGUCAUUAUCUACCGAAUCGCUGUGUAAAGAAGGAUUCGCCUACCACGCCCAUUCGCAUAGUUUACGACUGUAGUUGUAAAUCCGCAACCACACCAAGCUUGAAUGAUUGUUUACAAAAAGGCCCAGAACUUCUCAAUGAUUUGGCAGGCAUAAUCAUGCGUUUCCGCCUUCAUCCCAUAGCACUAAGUAGUGAUAUUGAGAAGGCAUUUCGUCAUGUUGGUCUACAUGAACAAGAUAGAGAUUUCACUAAGUUCCUCUGGUUGUCUAAUCCCGAAGAACCAGAGAGUGACUUCAUCGUGUACAGGUUCUCAUCUGUCCUAUUCGGUUCAAACGCCAGUCCAGCCAUACUAAACGCGGUCAUCCGUAAACACCUAAAAGAAAAUGACUCUGAAACCGCCAGAGACAUUUCCACCAACAUUUACGUGGACAACGUAAUCAGUGGUGUUGAAAAUGAACAGAAUGCGCUAGACUAUUUCAACUCAGCAAAUCAGUUGGUAGAAUCCGGUGGUUUCCAUCUCAGAUCAUGGGCAACAAACAGCCAACUACUGAAAGAAACUGCAAACAAGAGGCCCAAGGGCCUGGCGCUCAGCUGA